GGAAGGAUGGCUGAAGGGGGUCCCUGUCCUUGUUCCCGUCCCCGUCUUCUCAUGUCCGCCGAGCCCCGGGUCCCUCCGUGCUCCCCUCGGGCUCGGGGCUGAGGAACCCGCUCCCCGCGAGGGGCUGAGCGCGGCGGGCGCCGGCCGCUGUGGUGACAUGGCCGGCGCUUCGUCAGGGCUUGUCGCCCUGUGCAAGCCCUGUCCCCCCGCUCCCAGGGCCGAGGGGCAGGCAGGCCGCCCUUGAGGGGCGAUAUCGGUAUUAACCUUACAGACCCUAUGUUCAGAGGAAUCUACAGGGGAACACAAAAACAUCAAGAUGACCUUUUGGAUGUGGUAGAGAGAGCCGUCAAAGUUGGCGUUAAAAAGUUUUUGAUCACAGGUGGGAGUCUGCAAGAUAGUAAAGAUGCGUUGCAGCUGGCACAGACCAAUGAUAUGUUUUACAGCACAGCUGGCUGCCAUCCCACACGCUGUGGAGAAUUUGAGCAGAGUAGCCCUGACCAGUAUUUAUCUGAAUUAAAAAAUCUGAUUGAAAAAAAUAAGACCAAGGUAAUAGCAGUUGGAGAAUGUGGGCUAGAUUUUGAUAGAUUAGAAUUUUGCCCAAAGGACACCCAACUCAAAUAUUUUGAAAGACAAUUUGACCUGUCAGAACAGACAGGACUGCCCAUGUUUCUUCACUGUCGAAACUCGCACGCUGAAUUUUUAGCCAUAAUGAGAAGAAACAGAGAUAGAUUUGUUGGAGGGGUGGUUCAUUCUUUUGAUGGCACUAAGGAAGAAGCAGCAGCUAUAAUAGAUUUGGAUCUGUACAUUGGAAUAAAUGGCUGUUCUUUGAAAACAGAAGCCAACUUGGAAACCCUGAAAUCAAUUCCUAGUGAACGGUUAAUGAUAGAGACUGAUGCACCUUGGUGUGGAGUGAAAAAUACCCAUGCUGGAUCAAAAUAUGUAAAAACUACAUUUCCUACCAAAAAGAAAUGGGAAAUGGGGCACUGCUUGAAGGACAGAAACGAACCCUGCCAUAUAAUUCAAAUCCUGGAAAUAAUGGCAGCGGUAAGAGAAGAAGACCCGCUCGAGUUGGCCAAUACGCUAUAUAACAACACUAUUAAAGUCUUCUUUCCAAAUAUAUAAAGUUGUUCUUCUUACACUCACUCAGCAUAACUUAAGACUGAUCAUAUCUGCAAGUCCUUAUCAAUGGAAGCCAGUAUGUAGUGCUUUUUUGUACAAGAUUAAAGCUGAUUUUGAAAAA